GGUCGCGGAAGGGCUGCGGAUCUGCAUGCCGCUGGGCGCCGUCUACUUGUGUGCGCGCUGGUGGGAGGUUGCCGGGAGGUCGAUUCCGCCCGUGUGCGUGGUCCCGUCUUGUCCCCGUCCACCUCCCCCCGCGAGCCCACGCACAAUGUCUGCCUGCGACCUCGACGCCCCUCCGCCGCGACCCUCGCUGGGGCCGUCUCCGGUCUCGUACGGGACCCAGCGAGGCCUGCGGGGGUCGCGGGUCGCUUAUCCCGUACGUUCUCACGAAUACUGCAGGCCCGGCUUUUCUGAUGGGGCGCCUGGCGAUUCGGAGAACAUGGAGCUGGUGCCUUCGGGCUCUGGGACCCACUUGGAAGAAAGGCGUGUCGGUGUAGGCAGCCAGGAACUUUUGGACGAGGGCGAGGACGAGGGCGAGGGCGAGGCGGCGAUCCUCGAUAAGGAACUGGAUCAGCGGAAUCGGAGGCCUUGGCUGAGGAGACCGGCGCCGUGGUGCUGUCUCUCGGUCAUUUGCGUGGUCGCGCUGGGGGCGGGGUCGACCGCCGCGUCGCAGAUCGCGGUCCUCACGAACAUCAUGUGCGAAGAAUACAAGCGCGGGCUCGAGUCUGAUUCUACGGCCGACCUUGCGCUUUCUCGCCGAUCGUCGUCAUCCUUCAAUCCUCACGAGGCGCCGAUCGUGUGCGCUUCUAAUCCGGUCGUUCAGGCAGAAACUGCUACGGUGCUCGCUGCGAUGGCGACAAUAACGGGCAUCCUGAGCUGCCUUACGACGGCGUGGUGGGGCUCGCUCUCUGAUAGACACGGUCGCACUUUCGUUUCCGGCUUCUGUACGGUACCAGUCACAGAUCUGUCUUUCAUACUGGUCACCCAGUUUCCUGCGCUGAUACCGGGAGGGUAUCGGUUCUUGUUUUUUGGAUGUGCUUUGCAGGGCAGCCUUGGUGGUGUUAGUGCGCUCAUCGCCGCCAUGCACGGGUACCUUGCCGACUGUACCGCUGCCGCUUCACGGGUCCGCGUAUUCUCGCUGUUUUUUGGAUUUCUCUAUACCGGCGCCGCAGUCGGGCCGACCCUUGGAUCGCUCAUCAUCAGGACAACCAGCAACGACCUGUCCGUCUUUUAUUUCUCCGUUUGCGUCAACUUCGCCGUCACCUUCCUCCUGUGGCUCGUCGUCCCCGAAUCGCUCCUCCCCACCCAAAUCAAGGCUGCGCGGCGUGCUCACGAGGUGAAAGCGGCCGAAGGGAGGCGGGUCGCCGGGUUUUUUCCCGGCAUCGGAGGUCUUUUUGGAUUCUUGGCCCCGCUGGGCGUCUUUGCGCCGGUGAAGAUCCGCCAGGAUGUGCCUUCUCGUGGAGGCGGGAGACGAGACUGGGAUCUUACCCUCGUAGGGAUCGCGUACGGAUCCGCGCUCACGGUCGGGGGAAACACGCAAGUUGUUUUGCAGUAUGCUGCCGCAACUUACAUGUGGUCCACAGAGAUGCUUGGGUACUUGAACAGCGUCAUCGGGGUGUCUAGAGCGGUCUUUCUGGCCUUGCUGCUCCCCUGCAUCAUACAUGCAUUCGGGCCCAAACCCAACCCCAUACAUCUUCCUAUGGAAUCCUCGGAGCCGUCUGAUCUCUACGCAGCAUAUCCUCCCCGAUCCCCACCCCCCGUUCAGGAGCAACCGAAGAAGCAAGAGCGCCACUCCCCCGCCUUCGACCUGACCCUCGCUCGCACGUCUUUGUUUGUCGAGAUAGUGGUGUACGCGCUCGCUCCGUUCGCGAGCACCGGCUCGGGCUUCAUGGCCGCCGUCGCGGCUGGGUCUUUGGGCGCCGGCUUCGCGCCUACGAUGCAGAGCCUCGCGCUCGAGCUCUAUCGGCGCCGCGGGGGCAAAGGUUCGGGGAAAGUCUUCGGCGCGCUGGGCCUCGUGCACGCGGCCAGCGCGCAUAUCGUGGGUCCUGCGAUGUUCGGCUUCGUGUACCUGAAGACGGUUGGAGUGUUCCCGAGGGCGGUCUUUUUCGUCGUUGCGGCGCUGCUCGCGGGUGCGCUGGGGAUGCUUGGCGUCGUGAGGCUCGCGCCGGAUGCGCGGCGGAGGCUUUUGGGGGCCGGGGACCUUGAGGGACGCCGGCAGGAGUCGGCACCGCUCUUGGAGGAGUGCGCGGGUGGCACUGUGACGGGGCGCGCGGCGCGUGAAUGAACGCGAUGUCUUUGUCUUUGAGAGGGGGCGUUUGCUGGGACGUGAGGCUGGCGAUGGUUCGUCGACCGUGGUCUCACGCGCAUGUCCGGCGAAUAUCUGUACUUUUUUUUCCGUUGCUGAUCUUACGCGGACAACAGUCGUUCUACGCACAGGAUCUGUACUUGUCAUCUUAUCAUGAAAUAUUCACUCCUACCUCUCGGAU